AUGGCGCUCCUGGGGCGAGCAAAUGCCCAUCCGUCAGCUGACAACUGGAAGCGCUCCUUGGCGCAAUCGCCGGCAUAGAGAGGGCAGAGAGCCAAACAGAGAGGAGGGAAAGAGCGGCGUGGACUUGAAAUCUGAUCCAAAGUGGAAGCGGAGAUUGAGGAUUAUGGAUCAAGAUGUUCCAGUGUUCCGACAUGGACGUGAUGAGUGAAGUGAACGAAAGUGAGGCCAUGGACUUGAGCAAGAUGGAGGAAGACUCCAUCAAAAUUGAAGAAGUGGAUGUGGAGACAGUGGAGGAGACCGGGGACUUGGACCUGCCAGAUACCACCUCUAAUUCUAAUGAUCCCCCUUCUGGCCUGUCGAGUGAGGAUAAUAUUCCUUCAAGCACUUCACAUCAGGAGACUUCGGAGGGAGGUAUAAAUCAAGAUGGGUCCACCAGCAAAUCCCAACGAACCUCGUCGUGCUCCUCCCUUGGGCUGUCUUCCUCGUCUUCCUCAUCCCAGAACAACAAACCCAGACGGAGCAGAACCAAUUUCACUUUAGAGCAAUUGAACGAAUUGGAGAGACUCUUCGACGAAACCCAUUAUCCGGACGCCUUCAUGAGAGAAGAACUGAGUGACCGAUUGGGCCUCAGUGAAGCACGAGUUCAGGUUUGGUUCCAAAAUCGAAGAGCUAAAUGUCGAAAACACGAGAGCCAGCAUUAUAAGGGAUCCUCAUCCGCUCCAACCCCAAUUGGCAACAUUAAUCUUCCGGUGUCAGGGUCAAGUCAGAGCUUAGUUAGCAUGGGUACGCCCAUAUCCGCCGUACCAGGAAGUCGGCUGGCGGGCUUGCUUCGAUCCUCAACCGGACCUCUGCCUCCACCUUCUCCAGCAUUGGGUCAUGGUUCGAAGAAUUCUAAUGGGUCUUCAACACCUCCAUUGUUGUCUCCUUUGAGUGCGGGCCCUAAUAUCAGUAAUAACAACAAUAACAACAAUAGUCCUCACCAUUCAAAUCCGGACGCCGUCGAUCUUUCACGUGGAACCCCUCUUCCCAAAGCUACGUUCACAGAGAGACUUAAAGAACAUGCUUUGAGGAACUUCGAUAGUCACUCCCGAGCUCUUCUGAACGCCCAACAGUACGCGGCCGUGGCAGUAGCGGCUCUAAAGAGUUCCAACAACCCUUCCCCGUUCCUAUCCAGCUUCAGUAAUUCCUUACUAGUUAGCUCCUUGCUUCAGAGCUCUAAAUCUCAAUCCACGGCCAGUGACACGCCAUUGUUUCCGCCAUUUCCGGCGGCUUUGUUUUCUAGUCCACAUACUUCUAUGGCUAGUCUACCUUUUUCCUCGGCGCUCCCAUCAAUGUCCCUGGGCCCACAUAACGGAUCUCUUCCUUCUCUGGACCCAUUUAAAUCCAAAUCUUCGAGCAUCGCAGACUUGCGGCUCAAAGCUAAACGACAUCAGGAGGCCUUGGGCAUCUCGGAAAGCGAUUGAACGUCCAUCUAGCGUUUUCUCUCGUAGACUUGAACCAAAAUGUUCCCAGUUUGUUGUUCCCCCAAUGUGAAAAGAUCCAUUCCAAUAGAAUAUACCAAUAACCAUUGUCA